AUGAAGUUCCACUCCAAAAGCACCUUCUGUCCACUUGCCUUCUUGGGGCUGCUCCUGGUGACAGCUACUGCCUUCCCCACCUCAGAAGUCCUGAGAGAAGACUUCACAGAUGAUGCUAACCAAAAUAGACCAACACAUGCCUCUUCACAAAAAAUCGAAGACCAGAUUUCAUAUAUCCUCAAGGAAAUCCUGGAAUUGAGAAAGAGGUGGUUGUGUGGCAAUGAUGAAAACUGUCUGAACAAUGAGGAAGCAGUGUCAGAAAACAAACUGAACCUUCCAAUGAUGACAUUAAAAGAUGGAUGCUUCCAAACUGGAUACAAUCGGGACACUUGCAUAUUGAAAGUCACCAGUGGACUUCUGGAGUUCCAGAUUUACCUGGAGUACAUCCACAACACAUUUCAGGAUAACGAGAAAAAGAACAGAAUCAGAGAUGUGCAGAGCAAUACCAAAUCCCUGAUUCAGAACCUGAAACAACAGGUAAAGAAUCCAGAUAAAAUAGUCUUCCCUAGCCCAACUGCAAACGCCACUCUGCUGGAGAAGCUGCAGUCACAGAACAAUUGGCAGAAGACCAUGACGAUUAACAUCAUUCUGCGCAGCCUUGAAGAUUUCCUGCAAUUCAGCCUGCGGGCUCUUAGAAAACCAUAG